AUGUCUACAGCCGCCUCUCCCACGGCGGACGCUGCCAGUGCCGCGACCCCGGAGGCGGCACCAGAGUCGCCCUCGCAUGCUGAGGGCCGGUCCCCGGCCGCAUCAUCGUCAUCACCGCCCUCAUCUGUGGCCGCCGCGUCAGAAGGAGCGCCGCCCCGCGACGAAAAGAUAGCAAAGCCGGAUGACGAGGCGCGUCCUGAAGAGGACGCCUCCGCUGCGGAAUCCCUGGAAGAGGGCGAGACGGAAGAUGAUCCUCCGUUGCCGCAGGAGCCGGUGCCCGAAGGCCCUCCGCUUCCCAACGAGCCCGUUCCGGAAUCUCAAGACGACGGCUGGGAGUGCCGUUGGGAGGCGACGUACCAGUCGUGGUACUUUGUGAACCGAUUCACGGGUGCCUCGCAAUGGGAGAACCCGCGCACGGCUGCUGCCGAAUCCUCCGCCGCCGCCGCCGCUGCCGCACCGAGCGCGCCCCAGCCGCCCGUCAACGAGAAGCCUCCCGCCGGAGGCUACAACCCAGCCAUCCACGGCGACUACGACCCCAACGCCUGGUAUGCGCAGGCCUACAAGCAAGAGGAGGAGGCGCGCGACGCCGCCGUCGCGGCCGCGGCUCUACCCCCGGAAGCGGCGGGCGACCCGUACGCCGUGUCCAUGGGCUUCAACCGCUGGAACGGUCAGGCCCAGGCUGGCGACAUGGGACCCGGCCGCCACAGCGACGAGGCCAAAUCGCGCCGCCAGAUGAACGCCUUCUUUGACGUCGACGCCGCCGCCAACCAGCACGACGGCCGCAGCCUCAAGGCCGAGCGCCAGAACCAGCGCCUUAGCAAGACAGAGCUAAAGGCCUUCAAGGAGAAGCGUCGCGCCAGGAAGGAGGAGAAACGCAGGGCGUGGCUCUUGGAUUAG